GUGGCUCCUCCUACCCCACAGUCUGCCUGCUUUGAGCAGCUUUUUGUUUUGCAGUGUCGGAGCGGUGGAGCAGAGGCGCCUGAUUCCGGACAAACUGCGAAAGAUUCGGUAGACACUGAGGACCAUGGCUUCCUUCACUUUCGGGGACAGACAGCAGUAUCUGCAGCUGGUGGGCAGCAAAGCUGCCACUGGCGAGUUGAAGCUGUUUGUACCGCGCUUCAACAGGACUUCAUUGACAGAUGUGCGAGAACUCAGCCCGUCCACAACACCAUCCUGUGACAUUCCUUUCAGUUUUGACUCUGUGGAGCCCUUAGAUUUUGAGGUGCAUAUAGCCAAUCAAAUGGCAAGUUCCGAGCUGGGAUCACUAGAGAAUCUAGUGGAUUUCCCCAAAGAUGAUAUUGAGGUCACGUUAUCACCUCGACUGUACCGGACUGUUAACCCUGCUGUGCCCGACGAUUGGAGUAACCUGACCCCACAGGUGAGAUCAUGUGUCAAGACUUACACCAAGAAUUGGCUGACAGUUAUGAGACGGUAUCAGAAGUGCAGCAUUGGGAGUCGGAGGAAAGGACUGAACCUUCCUCAACAGGUGUUUGAGUGUGAUGAAAGCUUCAGUACAGAGAAGCCAAAUCUCCACGUAUGCUGGCAUAAUUCUAUUGCAGUGCAGGCAGAUGAGCUAGAGACUGAGGCUCCAGAACUCUUUAUUCAGAACCUGCUGCAGCCCAUGGAUCAGGAGGAGGUUGAUCGGAAGAACGAGACCAUGCGUAAAUCUGGCAGGCUGCUAGAUCUGUUUAUGCUCUUCCCUGCAUCUGAUGAAGACGAAGCUGUGUGCCAUCGAGCCAUUCCCCCAUCACCAUGCGAACAAUUCGAGCAGAGAUUGCAAAUUAAUUUUCUAGAGUUCAAGUUUGAAAUUGAAAUCGAGCCACUCUUUUUGAUUUUGGCUUUGUAUGAUUUAAAAGAGAGGAGAAAGAUUUCAGAAAAUUUCUACUUGGAUAUGAACUCGGAAGAAUUUCGAGACAUUUCUCAGUCACAAGCACAGUCCUUGUGCUAUUUCAGAAAGGCCAUCUUCUCAAUUACCCAGCCUUCUUCUGAAAUUUACUUGGUCAUUAAGGUGGAGAAAGUGCUACAGCAAGGCAGUAUCACUGACUGUGCUGAGCCAUACAUGACCAUUAAAGAGAAUGAGACAGCCAAGAUGAGAGAAAAGAUUGGAAAGCUACGGUUCCAGGCAGCUUCUUUCUGCCAGCGUCUGAGUUUGUAUCGAAUGCCAUUCGCCUGGGCUGCAGUUGAUCUCAUGAGUCUCAUUUCUAAUCGCAGUUCCCAGAAUUCACUGGACAGAGAGACCAUCAAUGGAGGCAGUGGGAGUGAGGUGCGCUCACGAUCGUUAGACAACAAGAAUCACAUCCUCCCAUUUGGACCCGUACAGCACAGCCUCAACAUGUUUAAUAAACAGGAGGAAGAUAAGCUCAGUGAUGAAGACCUGAUGAAGUUCAUCACAGAUGAGAAAAAGCCAUCACCUUUACUGAGGAGACUGCGCAAGAUCCCAGGUGUUUUCCGAUUUGAAGUGAGCCCUGCUAAAGACACUCCGUCCUUUUGUUUCACCCCUGACUUUUUGGAAUUAAAGUCAUCAAAUAGUGGGGAUGCAGAGUUGGCUUUGGAAGUUUUAGAAUUCCCUUUGCCAGGUGUUUUGACUCUACACACAAUCUACAGAAACCUCCUCUAUGUCUACCCUCAAUUCUUCAACUUCACAAACCGACAGGGAUCAGCACGGAACAUCACUGUGAAAAUCCAGUUGAUGGGCAGCGAAAAAGCCAGCGAUGCCCUACCGGUCAUCUUUGGAAAAUCUGGACAUCCUGAAUAUGUGAAUGAAUCGUAUACACCCGUGGCCUAUCACAGCAGGUCUCCUUUCUUCUAUGAGGAAGUGAAGAUAAAGUUGCCGUCUGGUCUCACUGAAGACCAUCACCUGCUCUUCACCUUUUACCACAUUAACUGUCAGCCCAAACAGAGCCAGGACAGUCCUGAAGUUCCACUGGGUUACAGCUGGUUGCCAAUCUUGGACAAUGGACAUCUGCGCUGUGGAACCUUUGAACUUCCUGUUAAUUUGGACAAGCCACCCUUCCUUUAUUCAGUAUCGCCUAGCUCGCUGCCUGGCCUGAAGUGGUUGGAUAAUCGGAAAGCAGGCUUUAAAUUGGAGUUACGCCCAGUUUCGACAGUGCAUACACAGGAAAGGACCCUGGAGCGAUUCUUCUCACUGUGUGAAGCUGUGGGUGAACGUUACUCUUUAAUCCAUCAGACUGAGGCACUGAGCCAGGCCGUCUCCAUGCUCAAGCUGGUUUGCUUGGAGGAAUUGGUCCAGUUCCUGAACGUGGUGUUAGAUAAACUGCUGCCACUGUUACACAUGAGCUGCAGGAUGGGAGCAGAAGGAGCUCAUGUCAGCAAGGAAAUUUUUGAUGUGCUGGUUGCAAUUGUGGAUCGUCUUCAAAGUAGUGAAGAGGUGAAGAAAGACGCAUUAGGCCGAAGCCAUUAUCUAGCUUCGUAUGUUCACUACAUGUUCAAUAUGCCAGUUCUCCAUGAGAUCAGAGCCUCAGAGUCUGAGAAAUAUGCCACACUCAAGCCAGAGGCUACAGCUGCGUUACGGAGGAUAGGACUGCGCAGCACCAUUGACCCUGCGAUCCAACCAGCUAAACCCAUGCUGCUAGAAGACAGAGGAGGCAGUCAGAAACACUCAAAGUUAUUCCAUGAAGAUUUGGCCUAUUGCAUUGUGUUAACCAAUGGACAAGUGAGAGAUCAAGUUUACAGGCAUCUGUGGUUUUUCUUUGAACUGUUGGUUAAAAGUAUGAGCCAGUAUCUCUCCGACAUGGACCGCUGGAAAUUUCCUCCGAAACAACGGUUCUCCGAGAGUUACCGCGGCAUUGUCUACACGAUGGUCAACAUUGGUACAGAGUAUGUGAAAAACCAGGAUGCUGAAAUCACAGAAAUGACAAACCUGAGCCUUGGGUUCUUCCUGAAUGACCUGCUGUCCCUCAUGGACAGAGGCUUUGUUCUUCAUCUGAUUGGUCACCACCACAAAGAGCUUCUAGAGAACGCUGCAGCCCAGCCUCAUCUCCAUGACAGACGCAUCAACUUCCUGAGGGUUGUCUGCAGCCACGAGCACUUUGUGACCCUGAACCUACCGCUUGCAUCAUGCUCCAAGCUUCAGGAUGACAACAGACUCUUAGAGGAUGCCACUGUUCACAACUGUCCUGCUGGAAUGUUCAGUCUUUCCAGGAGAUUCCGUCAACAGCACUUCCUGGUGGGGCUGCUCCUAAAGGAGAUAGCUGAUGCACUGAAGCUGGACUCAGGCAGAUUGAUCAGAAGAAAAGCAGUGAGUUUACUUCAUAGCCUCCUGGCUUCACAUGAUAGAGACCCAAGGCUAUGGAACCGUAAACUGAAGGUGAAAGUGGCAGAAUUGUACCUGCCACUUCUGGGCAUCAUUCUGACUGCUCUCCCUGAACUGCAGAACCUGUCAGAUUCAGAUGGCCCGAAGAGUAAAUUGACAACACACUAUUCUAAUCCCAGAAAUGCCUCCAGCCUCAUAUUCACAUCGCCAGUGCUGUUGACCCCAUCCAGUGCUUCAUCAAACAGAUACUCAACUCCCAUUGCAGGGUUUUCAAGUCCAAGUGCCACUAAAACAGCAGAAGUGACCCACAAGACAUUCUUGUUCUGCUUCCUGUGGGUUCUGAAGAACGCUGAUGAAACAACUAUUAAAGGAUGGAUGCAGAGCCUUCCAACCCCACAGUUGCUCAGUUUUCUGGAGAUCCUUGACCUCUGUGUGUCCAACUUUGAGUACGAGGGCCAACCAUCCACAGAACAGAUCGGCAGCCAUGUUUACAGGAAGUCGAGAGACAUGAAGGCACGGCUGGAGGAUGCCAUCUUCGGAACCACAGGAGCCCGCAGUGAGAUGAUGAAACGCCGGGAAUAUCCAGGAAUUGACAGGUUAUUCUCUCGGGUGAGUGUGGGCCUACAGGAGAAGUUACGCUGGCGAAAGGACCUGACGCAGUGGCGUCAAGCUGUUGAUAAAGACAAGUUGAAGGCGGAACUUCAACAAGAAGCCCUGGUCAGUGGGAAUUUGACCGUGGAGACAAACCUGAUUGUGCUCGACACCCUGGAAUUGAUUGUCCAGCAGUUCAGCUCGAUGCUGGAGUCUAAACCUGUAGUCAUGGGCGUCCUGAAGGUCCUGAUUCACAGCCUGUGCUGCAACCAAAGUACCCUGUACCUACAGAACUGCUUCAACACACAGAGAGCCCUCAUCGCCAAGUUUCCAGAAAUACUUUUUGACGAGGAUUCGGAGCAUUGCAUGGAGCUGAGCUUGCUGCUGCUCCAAAGGUGUAUGAGUCAUUUUGAGAGCACAAGGGCCCAGGCCUCGGCCUCCCUCUACCUCCUCCUGCGGCAGAGCUACAAAGAGCAUUUUUCAAGAAUGAAAAUGUAUAUCACCCUAUCCCUGGCUUCCUUAGCGGAGAAAAUAUCGAACCAGGAUGAGCACUGUCUCCAGAAAUCUCUUGGGAUAAUGCUAAUCUACCUGGACACAGACAAAGCCAUGGAAGGUACCAGUUUCUCCAUACAGGUGGAAGAGCUCUUAAGGAACCUAAAGGCAGUAUUGUGUGACACUGUGAAACUGCAGAAAUUCCUGGUGGAUGUGGACAUGCAAAUUGACCUGAUGUUCAGAAUUGCAAAGGGUUUACAGAAUUACUUGGAUCUCCGCCUAAUGUGGCUGCGGAACAUUGCAAUGAAGCACAUUGAACGGAAACAGUUUGCUGAGGCAGCGCAUUGCAUGGUGCACAGCGCCGCUCUGGUGGCAGAAUACUUGAACCGUGUGGAAGGAACUGUCCAUUUGCCCAUGGGCAGCGUGAGUUUCCAGAAAAUUUCCAUUAAUGUCUUGGAGGAAUCUUUGGUGUGUGACGAGGUCUUUUCCAUGGAAAAGGAGGGCAUUUGCUCCGGAAACUCCUUCAGUGAAGAGGGUCUCCUGGAGUUAUUGGAUGAAGCACUUGAGCUCUUCAACAAAGCAGAAUAUUAUGAAGCUGUUUAUGAAAUUUACAAGAUCAUAAUUCCGAUUGCUGAAUUUUAUCGGAACGUUAAAAAAUUAUCAGCUAUCCAUGGAAAUCUGAAGGAGACAUUUGAUCUGAUCCUGAGUAAGGAUCGUAAAAGAUUGUUUGGAACAUAUUUCCGCGUGGGAUUCUAUGGGUCGCUGUUUGGAGAGUUGGAUGGGCAGGAAUAUAUCUACAAGGAGCCGGGGAUCACAAAUCUAGUGGAAAUCUCUGCCAGGUUACAGGAAUUUUACAAGAAGCAGUUUGGAAAAGAUCAAGUAGAAGUUAUCAAAGAAUCGUCACCAGUGAAGAAAGGAAAGCUGGAGCCCAGCAAGGCCUACCUUCAGAUAACUUACGUCGAGCCUUACUUUGAGGAGUACGAUCUGAAAAACCGAGUCAGCUACUAUGAGAGGAAUUCAAACUUGCGGAGGUUCAUCUACAGCACACCGUAUACAUUGAAUGGCCGGGCGCACGGGGAGCUCAGCCAGCAAUAUAAACGUAAAACCAUUCUGACAACCCUGCAUGCUUUCCCAUACAUCAGGACAAGGAUCAGUAUCAUAGAGAGGCAGGAGAUUAGCCUGAGACCAAUUGAAGCUGUGAUUGAGGACAUGCAAAAGAAGACACAAGAGCUGGCACAGGCGACGAGUGUAAACCCGCCCAACAUGAAGCUGUUACAGAUGGUGCUGCAGGGCUCUGUGGGCACCACUGUCAAUCAGGGUCCCAUGGAAGUGGCUCAAGUAUUUUUGUCUGAAAUUCCUGACGAUCCAAAACUUUUCAGACACCACAACAAACUCCGAAUCUGUUUCAAGGACUUUCUGAAACGAUGUGAAGACGCCUUGAAGAAAAACAAAAGCUUGAUCACGUCCGAGCAGCUCGAGUAUCAGCGGGAACUCGAGCGGAACUAUGAAGCUCUUGAGCACAACCUGCAACCAUUUAUUAACCGCAAGAUCCCACACCUUUACGUUAUGACUCAUUUAUAAUCACCCGAGGGGAUGGGAAAUAUAUUUUGGAAGCAGGCCAAGAACCCUAUAACUGUACAGAGUGACACUCCUUGGAACGAUAUUACUAACUGUUUACUAUUCAUUUUGUGAAUAGUUAUCUCGUGUAAGAAUAGAAAAUGUAUUUAUAUAUCUGGUGGAAUGUGUUAAAAGUUUCUUCACUUACACUUGACAUGUGAGCCUUGCCACGACAUUCUGCUAGAAUAUCUGGGAGGAUUUAUUUUUAUUUCCUGAAAUUCUUUGCUAUUUGUCUGUCUCUCUGGGCUGACAGACUCUCCCGUUGCUUUGACGAAUGGAUGUUCAGCAAAAAAAAAGAGUUUACAAACUGAGUUGAUGUGGUCUCAUGAGUGACAAUAAGCCAAUUCUCUGUUUACAUAACCUUUUGCAAGUAGAAGUCAGAGAUGGGGUGAUGCCAUUGGCUUUGUGCUGAAAACACUUAAGUCUGUUCCCCCAAAUGUCAAAAUUGCUUGAUAACAAAUACAUCUGCAUCUGAGUCUGUCCAGUGUUGUUUCUCCCCCUGCAUUUGAAUCCAGCAUGCAAGCUCCAAGACCUGCUGAGCUUUUCCAGCAAUUUCUGUUUUUGUUUCUGAUUUCCAACAUCCGCAAUUCUUUCGGUUUGUUAAUGCAAGCUCCAAGAUUGCCUUACAGGUUAUCGUCUUAUCUGAGUUUCACAUCUCCUAAAGUACAUGUUACCUACUCAGCUGGAUGCAGAUUACUGUGUUUGGUGUUCUGUCUUUACAUGUUUCUCAGCUCAUUUACGCCCGUACAACCAAUGAUGAAACCUUUAACAUCAGACAAUUGUCCCCGAACCUUCACACAAGCAGAUGGAAGGCUAACAUUGAAUGAGAGAGAGAGAGAGAGGCUUAGCACAUCAACAUUAGAAGUAGGUCUUGACAAGAUUUUUAAAAGGAAUUGGGAGAAGGCAUUUGGCAAGGGAAUUCUACAAAACAGAGUGCAGCCAGUUUGGAGGUUCAAAUCAUUUUCAAUAACACGUGAAUAGAAACGAAAUGGGACUUUAGACUGAGAAGAAGUCAUAGUAUAAUAUUUA